AUGCAUGCAACGGGUGAAAAACUGGACAAGAAACGAGCGAGCGUCUCGGAAUCUGCGUCGGAGAAGAAGGCAGGACUCGACGAGGCAUGGUUGGAAGCAGUCGAUUUUGGCGGCGCUUCAAGUUUGCCUCCGCCUCCAGAUCUCACAGCGGAAGAGGAGAAACGACUAUAUAGGAAAAUCGACCUUAGGUUGAUGCCGAUCUUGAGCCUCAUGUACCUUUGUUCUUAUUUGGAUCGAGGAAACGCGAAGCUCGCUGGGCUGGUUGAGCAACUCAACUUAACUGGCAACAAAUACAAUAUUGCUCUCACGAUUUUGGUGCUAAAGAAAUUCAGGCCAUCGAGGUGGUUACCUGGGAUAACUGUCGUGUGGGGUAUUGUAAUGGCCAUGAUGGGAUUAGUCAAAUCCUAUCCGCAACUUGUGGUUGUACGGAUUUUCCUUGGCUUCGCCGAGGCUGGCUUGUUCCCUGGAGUAGUUUACUACUUCACAUUCUGGUAUCCACGUCAUAUGCUCAUGCUCCGUAUCGCAUAUUUUUACGGUGCGGCGACCAUUGCUGGCGCGUUUUCAGGUUUACUUGCUUUCGCAAUUGAGUUUAUGGAUGGGGCACACGGCCUGAGAGCCUGGUCAUGGAUUUUCAUCCUUGAAGGAAUUGCAACUGUCACAGUGGGACUUCUUGCUUUCCUAGUUCUUGUUGACUUCCCAGCCACUGCACACUUUCUUACGCCAGAAGAACGUGCAUAUGUCAUCCACAAGAAAAAAUACGACAACACGCAGGUAGGAGAGGCUGAAAAAUUCGAGUGGCGGUAUGCCUGGGCAGCGCUUAGUGACUGGCAAGUAUGGCUGCACUUAUUGGUGUACUUUUCUUUCGUCGGCCCCAUUUACGGGAUUUCACUGUUCAUGCCGUUCGGAUUCAGUGUUCCGAUCACUCAAUUAUUGACAGUUCCACCAUAUAUUGUGGCUACACUUCUCUUACUCACCUUCGCGUAUUUCUCCGAUAAGAUCAAGAUGCGCAGUCCUUUCAUCUUGAUAGGACUAACAAUGAUGCUUAUUGGAUUUACCAUCAAUAUUUCACCAGCGCCUCAUGGUGUUAAAUAUUUUGGCGUUUUUCUCUGUGUCGGGGGCUCGUAUUCCGCAUUUCCAGCUAUAGUUGCUUGGCUUGGCAACAAUCUAGCCGGACAAUAUAAACGAGGUGUCGGUAUGGCGCUGCAUAUUGGCCUUGGAAACUUCUCUGGAGCAAUAGCGAGCAAUAUCUACCGGUCGCAGGAUGCUCCACGGUAUUUAGUCGGUCAUGGUGUCGAACUUAUGUUCGUUGGGAUCGGCUUCGUCUUCGUGCCUCUUCUCGUGUUUCUGUAUAACCGGAUAAACAAGAAACGGAAGGCAGAGCUUGAGCGCUCUGGUGGAAUAAGCAAGUAUACAGUUGAGGAAUUGCAUGAAAUGGGCGAUAGGGCGCCAGAUUUUGUUUAUUCGCUGUAG